AUGUCGAACCAGCACACUAAAAAGACCUACACUCUCAACACCGGCGACAAGAUCCCCGCCAUCGGCCUGGGUACUUGGCAGUCCAAGCCCAAUGAAGUCCGGGAGGCCGUCAAGAACGCCUUGUUGAAGGGCUACCGCCACAUUGAUACUGCCCUCGCCUACGGCAACGAGCACGAGGUCGGCCAGGGUAUCAAGGACUCCGGCGUUCCCCGUGAGGAGAUCUGGAUCACUACCAAGCUGGACAACACCUGGCACCAUCGUGUGCAGGAUGGCAUUGCCUCCUCCCUGAAGGACCUCGAUGUCGACUACGUCGACCUGUACCUGGUCCACUGGCCCUGCUCUACUGACCCCAACGACAAGUCUAAGCACCUGCCCGACUGGGACUUCAUUAAGACCUGGCAGGAGAUGCAGAAGCUGCCUGCCACCGGCAAGGUCCGCAACAUUGGUGUCUCCAACUUCGGCAUCAAGAAUCUCGAGAAGCUCCUGAAUGACCCCUCCACUAAGAUUGUCCCUGCGGUGAACCAGAUCGAGUUGCACCCCAACAACCCCUCGCCCAAGCUGGUUGCUUACAACACUUCUAAGGGGAUCCACUCCACCGGAUACUCGUGCCUCGGCUCCACCGACUCUCCUCUUUACAAGGAUCCCACUCUCCUCAAGCUCGCCGAGAAGAAGGGCAAGACUCCCCAGCAGGUUCUGCUCGUCUGGGGUAUCCAGAAGGGUUGGAGCGUCAUUCCCAAGUCUGUCAACAAGUCCCGCAUUGAGGGCAAUUUCGAGAUCGAUGGCUGGACCCUCACUGAUGAGGAGAUUGACCAGCUUGAUAACCUCAAGGACCGCUUCAAGGUCUGUGGUGACAGCUGGUUGCCUGUCAAGGUCUUCUUUGGCGAUGACGAGUAA